AUGGAGGGGUUGGAGUGCUUGAAGUACUUCCCGGAGGAGAAGGAGGAAAAGGAGGAGGAGGUUCUUAAAAUGGCCAAGUCCUUUGAAGCUAUUCCGAUGCCGUAUGAGAGUUUGAAGGAGGAAAAAAAGAAGAAAAAGAAGGAGAGAAAGAAGGAUAAGGGGAGGGAUGAGGGGAAUAGUAAAGCGGUUUGCAAGAAGAUGGAGAAUUUACCGACCUGGCAGAAGAAGAGCGAUAUUCAAGAUUGGAAGAAUCAUUUGAAGAUUCUGUUGUAUGAGAAAGCGACGCUGAUUUUUGCGGUUCUGGGAGAGUAUGAGUAUACGAACCAGAGGUUUGGGAGGUCGCUGAGGUACAGUUUGGCGGUGCUGAGGUGUCAUAGGAUUUUGGAGAUUUUCUGCGGGAUGAAAAAUGAUAAGUUGAUUAGUUAUUUGUUGGGAAGGGCUGGAGAUUGCUGCUUGAUGAUUGUUCAUGAUUGGCAGAAUAUUGAGGAACACAAGAGGGCGUAUGAAGAGGCAGAUGAUGUUGAGGUUAGAAUUGUCAGCGAGCUGUUUGAUAUGGAUAUGAAUGUAGAAGAGCUGCUUCCAGAAACCUUGACAACCCUGGAAGCGACCUUAAUAGUCUCUUUGAAUUGCUACGAGCAAGCCUUAGCCCUGGGUCCACUUGAACCCGAUAAGAACAUCCUAAUCCGUCGUCUAGGAAACAUCCACAAUGAGCUAGGCGUCCUCUACAUGAACCAAGCUACUUCAAAAUACCAGCAGGUAGACCAGGAAGAUUCUACCCCCGUCGCUGAGGUAACUUCCUUGCUCACUAAAUCCUGCCAGCACCUAGAGGCCGGGGUGAAGGCCUUUGAAACCAGCAAAGAUGACGUCAAUCUCGCGCUUCUCCACUCGAAUUCAGGCAGAUUGAUGAGGACCUGGGCUCAUUUUCCUGACAAGAGACAGAGCCAGGAGAAGUACUUCUACAACAAAGCAAUCAUGAGCUAUCAAACCGCCCUACAGGUUCUUGGGAGCAAGAAAAUCAAUCCUUUUAUCUGGGAGGACGUCACCUGGGAGCUGUCCAGCACCCUUUAUGCCAUGGCAACUUUGACUCAAGAUUUCAAUAAUAGCAAUCACAAGACUGAAGAAGAAGUAACCAGAGAAGUAGUAGAGCUAUUACAAAAAGCUCUUAAGUACUGCGACACUGAGACACCAGGUCCUCGGCAGCCAAUUUACCAGUUCCGGGCCGCGAACAUCCAGCACCGUCUCGGGUCACUCUACCACCGCGUGUACCGUGAAUUAGACCAAGAGGAAGUCAACAAACGUAAAACUUCCCUACAAUUAAGCCGCCUGCACUAUGAAAAAGCGGCGAAAUUGUUCAUGGCGCUCGAGCAACCAGUUGAGUUCCUCACCGUUCAGAUGGAGCGCGUGGCGCUUCAGGAACAUCAGGCAUCCACCUCAACAUUUACAAAAAAAUUGAAAGCUUAUCAGUCAGGCUUGGAUUUAAUUUUGGAAACCACUCCAAUGUUAGAGAUCAUGAUUGAGAAGCACAAGGACAAUAAAAUCAAAUUCGAUGGAAAUAAAGAAAACUUAGAAGUUAUGAAUGGAGAAAAUAAAAAUAAAUAUUCUGAAGAAGACAAAGAGAAUCAGGAGGUAAAGCUCCGGAAUUUAAAAAAAGAGAGUGAGGAAGAGAUCGAAGAAAAUCAACAGAAUGAAAAAGAGGAAAAUUUGAUUGUUUUGAUGGAACAAAGGUUGCAAUAUUUGUUGAAGUCUUUGGCUAAAUUGUGUAUAGACAAAAACGUUAAUAAGAAAGAGUAUGAAAAUUUGUCCAGCACCUACAAAUUCUGUUACGGAAAAACUCUGCGCCCAGUUAAUAAAUCAGGAGUCGAUUUGUUGGAGCAUCUUGUGAAAGUUCUCACCGAAAUAACUCCGAAAAUUCGGCAGCUCAACGACUGA